GUCGACGAAUGCCAAAAUGGUAUCCAUGAGUGCAUCAAGGAUGUGGCAACAUGUGUAAAUCAACUUGGAUCCUACUAUUGUAUUUGUAAUCAUGGAUACACGGGGAACGGAAAAACCAGUUGCAUACCUGAAGGUGAGUUAUUUUUUAUCACUUACGAGAUAAAUAUGAGGAGGAUAAUUAUCGAAAACGUUUGAUUCAUAAAAUCAGUAUUUCUUCCAAUGACUGCAUCUCCUCUUUUAGCCUCUUGUUUUCAAUUAGUUCUUUCACAUGCUAAAGUAAAAAAAUUAACCAAAUUUGAGCUAACUUAAUUAAAGCACUGGAGCAUGCGCAGUUUUGGAUUGAGAGUCAUAAAGCCAAAACCAAAGUAAUCAAAACCACCGACGACAGCCAAUCAAAAGAAAGGAAAAUACGCAUAAGAGCUAAUGAGAACUCAAAGUAAAAACAACCAAAUUGCCUGAAGCAAGGGUGACCAAGUCUCAGUUGGUUUUAGUUUUUUUCUCUGAUUGAUUGAGAGUGUUGCGAGUUGUCUAAAUCAAUCACAGAGCGAGGCAAAGCAAAAGCAAUGCAAUCCGGGUUACUCUCGACACUCCAUUGAAAAAUAGUCUAAAAGAUAAAGGAAACAUUUGUAGAAAUCAAUUUGCAAUUAAUGAUUAUUUAGAAUGUCGAAGAUACACAAAAUUGACGGACAAGACCAGGAAAACCACAUACGUCACCAAAAACAAAAAAUGCGACAAUCACCUUGGUCCUGGCUGGUUUCGUUUCCAAGGAGACGCGGGAACCAAGAUGCCGACUAAAUGUCAACCCAUGUCGAGAUGUGAUGCGUAUAAAACAGGUUGGCUGCGCGGCACUCAUCCAUCAGUGGCUGAAGGCGCAGUUAACAAAACAGUUUGCUUCCGAUAUCGUAGUUGUUGUAAAUACUCAGUUAUUAUUCGAGUGAGGAACUGUGGGUCGUACUAUGUUUAUCAUCUGAUUAAUACCCCAGAGUGUAAUUUACGCUACUGUGGAACGGAUUGA